AUGGCAUUCAAAAACGGACUUAGUGAACGCCUCGAUGAGCUGCGGUUCCCUUCCCCCAGGUCACCUCCCUCGGAAUCGCCUUUCCCUGGCUAUAGCUCGCUUUCGCCAGGCCACUCGAAUUUUGUCUCGGCAUUCUCGCGGCCGUCAGGCGAUGUCCGUGCCAAUCUCCAGCGUCGCUUCACAACCGAUUCCAGCAAACUCUCGUCCUGGAAUUAUCUGAAUCAUGUCGGAGGUGGCUCCCAACUUCCUGAUCCCCUAGAUCUGCUGUCAUCGUUUGAGAAGAAGCGACAACACAUCGAAUACAUGCGAGAGCAAAGGAGACGAUUUGAAGAAGAUAUGAAGAUGCUAGACUUACAGCAUGAACGGGAAAAGUUAGAGAUGGACCAGAUUGCUAAAGACCUGGCCAAAGCUGGCUUAUCUGGUCCUGUCAGUGAGCCUACAACUCCUCCGGAGUAUCGUGAGAAUGCCUUUCCUGCAUUCACCCGUCCAAAUCGAUUCUCAACUUCUAGUGUCACUUCUUCUCCUGGCUUCUUCAAUGUCUUUGCUCCUGCUCAAGCGACUACUUCACCGAGUCAGGUGAAUAAUAGUUCCGCUCAAACUCCAACCAAUCGCUUCUCUGUUCACUCUGUGCCCGGGUCUCGAAGGAACUCGGAAAAGGAAGACUUCAAUCAGGAACCCACUUCUCCCUUCCGUCCAGGUCCAUCAAUUCACCGUUAUUCAAUGCCUUCAGCAGGCUUAGGCUCUCAAGCUCGUCCCAAUACGUCGGGCUUUAACGGUCCUUCUGGACUGGAAUCUUUCAACGCCUCGAAAUAUUUGUUUCACAACGAAGAAGACCGAGCGACCCUCAAGGACGAAGACCGAAUCCCGACUCCCGACAUCAAGAGCUAUCUCAAAUUGACUGAUCCUGACGACAAGUUCCCUACACUGUCCCGCAGAGACGAUUCGGGCCUGCUUUCUGCCAACUCGGACGCUUUAGAUUUGGCCAAUUCGCGUACUCCCAACCCUGAGAAUUGGAACUCCCACAGCCGCCACCGCACCUCCCAUCAAAGCAUGCCUCAAAAUACUUUGAACAUGUUCCGCCUCGAACAGCACGGGAGUCCCGCGGACGAGAGCCCUUCUCAUGCCCCGAACCCCUCUCGCCAUGCUGCAAGGCACUCUUUGGAAGCAAACUUGCUCUACAAUGCUGAGGGAAAUAAGGAAACCGUCACUGCUGCUGCGUCUGGUAGACCCAAUUCUCUGCAGUCGUCAUACUCGACAAAUGAUCUACCUACAGUCAAGGGCGAGGCAUUCAACCCUGCAAUCACGCCUCCAAAGGUUCAUGCCGAACAGUUUCAGCAGCACAAUGCCAACAUGGGUCGGAUUCCACCCGUGAGCCCUGCCAAUACUCGUCAGCAAAAGGGUUCACCCGAAAGUGACGAGGCAAACUUGCAAGGAACUCGAUCUCAGCAAACUACGCUGCAAGCCAGUGCCACUCCUUUCGGCCCGCAACUCACCACCGGAGCUACCAGUAAUAGCGCGAUUACUCCAACCACUUUGACUCCUUUUCAAGCCCCCUUUUAUGGGUAUGGUAUUCAGGCAUACAUGGGAGCUCCGGUUCAGGUGAAUGGGCAGUUGCAGAACUUUAACUCUGCUGCCUCAUUUGCUGGAUAUCCCCCAUACGGAAACUAUCGCCUCGCAGAAAGCCCCGCCAAAGGCGUUGCAUCCCGCAGAAGUGGGGACAGUGAUGCCGCACAACUAUCCCGCUUCACGAACUUCCCACUUGAGCAUUAUCGGGGUGAGCUGUAUGGGCUUUGCAAGGAUCAGCACGGCUGUCGGUAUCUGCAGAGAAAGCUGGAGGAGCGUAAUCCCGAACACGUCCAGAUGAUCUUUGAUGAGACUCAUUCGCAUGUUGUGGAGCUCAUGACAGACCCUUUCGGUAACUAUUUGUGCCAGAAGUUGCUUGAAUACUCCAAUGAUGAUCAACGGACGGCUUUGAUCAAUAAUGCUGCGCAUCAGCUUGUCAAGAUCGCUUUAAAUCAGCAUGGCACCCGUGCUCUACAGAAGAUGAUUGAGUUUAUCUCUACUUCAGAACAAACCCAAACCGUGAUCCACGCCCUGGAAGAUCAUGUCGUGGAAUUGGUUCAGGAUCUGAACGGAAAUCAUGUGAUUCAAAAGUGUCUAAACCGCCUCUCCGCUGAGGAUGCCCAAUUCAUUUACGAUGCCGUUGGUGCCAACUGUGUGGUCGUCGGGACUCACCGUCACGGAUGUUGUGUUCUGCAGCGUUGCAUUGACCAUGCUUCGGGUGAACAGAGAGCUCGCCUGAUCGCUCAGAUCACAUCGAAUGCUUUCGCGCUGGUUCAAGAUCCCUUUGGAAACUAUGUUGUGCAAUAUAUCUUGGAUCUUGCUGAGCCUCACUUCACCGAACCCCUUUGCCAGACUUUCCGAGGCAAUAUCCCAGCCCUGUCCAAACAGAAGUUCAGCUCCAACGUUAUUGAAAAGUGCCUGCGCACUGCUGAGCUCCCUGUUCGACGUCAGAUGAUUGAUGAAAUGCUGGCAGGAGCCGAGCUUGAGAAGAUGCUUCGUGAUUCUUUCGCAAACUAUGUUGUGCAAACGGCCAUGGAUUUUGCUGAUGUUGAUACCCGGGCCCGGAUCGUUGAUUCCAUUCGCCCCAUACUGCCUUCUAUCCGUCAGACGCCUCACGGUCGUCGUAUCGCAGGUAAGAUGAUGGCUGCGGAAGGCUCAGGACGAGGAAGUGCCGCAACUAGCGGGCAGGUGACCCCCAACGAAAUGAAUUCCGCCCAGCUUCCAGGGCCUCUUCAAGGGCCACAGAAGCCCUUCCUGUAUCAACACAACCCCUUUCCUGUUUCCAGUGUCGGUUCUCACUUUGGAAAUCAAAACUUUGUUCCGACUCCCGGAUCCGCAACUAGCUCCAAUGCUCCAUCCGGCGGGGCUGGCGAGACUAUCUUUACUACUGCUGUUCAGCAGCCCAACGGCAAUCUUGGUGCGCAAGGUCAGUUUCCAUCAACAUUGGUUGUUCACGGGAUAUCCGCGACCUGUAAAUCGACUAUCGUCCGCAACGUCCUCGCCGCCCUCGAAGUAACGCAUGCCAUUGUCCGAAGCCCAGAAUGCAUCACGGGCCGUCACCUAUUGACAAAGAUCCUGUGGGCCACGUUGGAUGCCCUUGGCAAACGAGAUGAAUGGGAGAAAUACGGAAAGGGGAGGUGCGAGCACGUCAGUACCCUGGCCGUGCUGUUGGGCGAAUGUCUUGCUUCGCAAUCAGCGGAAAGGAACAACAGGAAGUUCGUGUUAGUUCUAGAUGGUAUCGACAAGCAGCGUGAUGCACCGCAGACACUAUUGUCGGCACUAGCAAGACUGGGGGAAGUGAUUCCCUCCCUUUGCGUGGUCCUCAUCCUCAGCUCCACGCCCCGGUCGCUGUUCCUACAAGCUGCGGGGAUUCCACAUAUCAGCUUUCCUCCGUAUACGCGCAAUGAGGCGACGACUAUAAUCCUGAACGCAGGCCCCCCUGCCGUCGGCGGUCUUGCAGAUGAAACGUCAGCAAAGUUAUACUCCCAUUUUGUGUCCGCCAUAUAUGAUUCUCUGGUCGGACCGACGGCAAGCUCGAUCCCUACUUUCAGGUCAAUAUGCGACAAAAUCUGGCCGCAGUUUGUGGCCCCGAUUACAAACGGUGACAUUCCACCAGGUGGGAGCGAUGAAUGGGAUUUUUCGCGACUUCUGGUUAGGAAUCGAGCCUUAUUUCGACAUCAAGGCGAAGGCGCCCUUGUGCAUCACAUUGUCACUGAAGAGGCUACUCCUAUCAAUGGCUUGACACCAAAACAAUCGUUGUCCGCCGUGUCGGCCCCCUCGCCCCUUCCUUCCCUGCCUUACUUCCCCACCCUGAUCUUGACCUCCGCAUAUCUAGCUUCACAUACUCCUCAACGACUCGACACUAUAUUCUUUUCAAAAUUUUCUUCGUCUUCCCUGUCUGCAAGAAACAAACGUGCACAUCACAGACGGCGUUUGAAGGUGCUAUCCCGGGCUCAAGCUGAAGACAGCCGGGAAGCCAGUCAUGACCCCUCUACCCCUAGCAAGAAAAAUAAGAGACAGAAGACACGGAUUACCAAGUCAACUCUUGAGUCGGCCUUUGCUACUUCCUCUGCUACCACCUCAGCGGUAGGAGGGGGCGCUGGCAUCACCGGUCCCUCCACCAUUCUAACAGCCCGCCCUUUUCCAUUGGAGCGGCUGGUCGCAAUUUACCACGCCAUAGAUCCCAACCCUCCCGCCAAUCCCAUUCGACUGGCUGCGGUUUCCGAUGCGAUAUACGCGGAGCUUGCUACACUACGCCGACUACGGCUCGUUGUGCCUGCUGCCGGACGCGAGAGCGGCAGUCGCAUGGGACUGGGGUCAGGAGGAUUAAGCAGCGGAAACACAACAUCUGAUGUGGGAGAGAAAUGGUGUGUCAAUGUCUCGGGGGAUUGGAUCGGAGAGCUAGCCAAGACGGUUGGCGUCGAGGUUGGUGAAUGGUUGGCGGGAGGACUGGAUUAA